CCGGCCGGGCACCGGCCACUCGCGAUCCCCAAAAGUUCCAAGCUUUCCAAACCCAAAGUUCCCACCACCCUCGCUUCCUCUCCCUCCCCUUUCUUCCUCGACACACCUGGUACCUUUGCAGUUUCGGAAGAAGAGCCAUGGCGGCAAUGGCAGUGGGUCGGGUGGGCGGCGCGGUGAAGGUGCUGUGCGGCGCGGAGGAGGAGCGGGUGGUCGGCACGAGGAAGGCGCCGGGGGCGUGCCCGUGCUGCGGUGGUCCGGUGGUGGCCACCGACGUGGAGAGCGAGCGGCGCAUCCUGUGCCUGCCGCUGUGCCUCAAGAACAAGCGCAAGUACUCCUGCUCCAGGUGCCUCCGCCGGCUCGUCACCCUCUACAGCUAGCUCCUCCAUCAGGGCUGCCUCCUGCCCCGAUGCUCGUCCACCAACUGGCGUGCAUACGAAGUGAUCGAUCAAUCACAAUCAGGUCGAGUUCUUGGGUUCUUCAGUUCUUCUUGGUCGGCUGACAAUGGUGGUGUGCUCUUCUGGCUUAAUAAUUCUAAGGAGGAGUAGAUAUUAGGCGAUCGACUAGUUAGAGUUAGCAGGACCGAUCGAUUUAGAAUUUAGAACUUAGAUGCAGUGCAUGUGCAUCGAUCGAUCACGUGAAGCGCUGCGCGCAACUGGCGCUCUGUUGUUGUGAUGUGGUACUAGCUAUAUCUACUAGCCAGUGUUGGAAUCAUCUCACUUAUUACCAGCGUAACAGGAAUCUA